AUGGAUGUAUUUUCCUGCGUGUAUCUUUACUGGAAGGAAUUCCUAUCUAGUAAACCCCUGCUUCAACCUUUGUGGAACCAUCUACUAGUUUAUCACUCUGAUAUGAUAAGGUCACCACUCUUCCCUGUGGUCCUUACAGUCUCCUCCUACAUCAUCUUUUGCAUUCCUUACUUGGCAUUUAAUAUUAUGGGCAGAAGGUGGCCUCUUAUUCACAGAUACAAGAUUCAACAAGACAGAAACCCAACAGGAGCCAUGAUCCUCCACUGCCUUGGAGUUACUCUGUAUAAUCACAUGUUCUUCAUCUUCCCAGCUUCUGUUGCUCAGUGGUACUGGAGACCUCCAUGUCCACUCCCAGAACAGUCUCCAAACAUCUUGGAUUUACUGUUUGGAGUGGUGGCAAGUCUCCUCCUCUUCGAUUUCCAGUACUUCAUCUGGCACACGAUACACCAUAAAAACCGAUGGCUUUACAAAACCUUUCAUGCUAUCCAUCAUGAAUAUAUGGCUCCAUUCUCUUUGGCUACCCAGUGUCUAGGGGGCUGGGAACUUGUGACUGUUGGCUUGUGGACUACAUUAAACCCAAUUAUUUUCAGGUGCCACAUUCUCACUACUUGGAUUUUCAUGGUAUUCCAUGUCUAUGUUUCAGUAGAAGACCACUGUGGCUAUGAUUUCCCAUGGUCUACAUCUCGCCUUAUUCCAUUUGGGAUAUAUGGUGGGCCAAUAAAACAUGAUGUGCAUCAUCAGAAGCCCAUGAGCAACUAUGCUCCACACUUCACCCACUGGGACAAAAUUUUUGGCACGCAUGCGGACUUUAGUUCUGCGAAGGGCAUCUUAGAGCUUGACACUCCCAAUAGAACCUGCUGUGCAAGUAAAUAUGAGGGUAGUUUGUAUGAUGAAAGCAUCUCUCCUACAGAAAGGGUAGCAGAAGAAAGGCUAAACUAA